ACCUCUUGUCCAAAUAUAUCCCAUCAAAACCAUUUCUAUUAUCUAUAUAAGUAAUAGGUAUUCACUUCUUCAUAUGUUCAGUCAAAUGUAUGUUAUGUAAACCCUCAUCAUAACUACAACUACAACUACUAUACAACUCUAAUUUUCUUAUUCCCUCCAAAAACAUCUCUCAAAAUCCCAAUACCAUUUUUCUAACAUGGAUUCAUUUAAGGCUAAUAAGAAGCUUCAAGUUUCCAUGAAUUCUUCUUACAACAAAACUCAUUUUUUACACAAUCUCAUCCUCUCUUCUAUGGUUGCAAUAACAUGUAGUUUUCUUUGUUCUUACCCUUUCUGGUUUUCAUCACUAACUACUUCAAUCAAGCACUUUGCUUUCAUAUCCCUUCCAACAAUCUGUUCUUCUUUCCUUAAUCCCAAGUGCUUGUUUAUAGUUUUUAAUGUCAUAGUUGCUUUCCUUGUUGGUGAAUCAAAGCUCCUUGGCUCAUCAUCAUCAUCACAACAGUCAUCUCUAGCCACUCAUGAUAUCUACUCAGAAUAUGUAGAGAGGAGUCAAAGUCUUCAUGGACAGAAAAGAAUAAUCACUAGUAGUACUAGCACUGUUAUUCCUGAGGAGAAAGAAGAAUUACAGAAGUUGGAGAUAAUUGAGAAAGAAGAAAAUGUUUAUGAAGAAGAAGAAGGAGUUGUACUUGAUCAAGUGGAAUAUCAUGAUGAAGAAGAAAAACAUGAUCAUGAUGAUGAUGAUAUGGCAGAAACCAAACACUUCAAAGAAAACAGUGAUGAUGGGGGAGAAGAUGAGUCUGCAGAUGGAUUAUUGCCAACUGAGGAACUAAACAAAAGAGUUGAAGAGUUUAUUGCAAGGAUUAAUAAGCAAAGGUGGCUUGAAGCUAAAAUGAUGAUAUGUUGCCAAGCAUAAAUAUUUUAUGUAUGAUCAUAGAUUUGUAUUACUAUUAUUUCUCUUUUAGUGGUGGAAAUUUAAGUGUAGCUCUACUACUAUAUGGAAUUGUUUUUGUAACCAUGAGAAGUAAUUAUUAGUUAAUUAUAAUAUACAACUAAUUAAGUUAUAAUAAUUUUCAUCUUGUAUUGAGAUGUAAUGGUCUUAUUAUGUAAGCUAGCUAGUUAAUCAAAUUAUGGUUCUUUCAAAUAUAUAGUGUAAUAUUAUUAAUGUUUUUCAAUA